GUGGUCCCAUGCCCCGUUCUAAUUUUGCAAAAGGAAUUUCCACCUGAGUUUGUUCAAGCCCAAUUUGUUUCAUAAGAGAAAUCUUCAUGAAAAUAAAUCAUUGUUAUUCAUUGUUUGGAUCUAAGAAAUGAUGAAAAAUCUUCAAUAUCAUAAUUACUUAUUCCGUGAAAUCAUUGGUCUCCACUGAUUGCCUUGCAAGAAAUAAUGAGCAAUCCAUUCUAAGCAUUGGUCGAGAGCAUUUGUUGACAGAAAAAUUAUAAUUACUUUUUUCUACAAAAUCACUGGUUUUUACUGUUUGGAUUGCAAGAGAUAGUGAUGAAUCCUUACAACGCAUGGUUUCCAAACAUGGCCAAAUCAUGCAAAAACAAAUGCUUGUUCAGGAAAAAAAAAUGUUUUAACCACCUUCUACAUUAUGGCCCACCAGUGAUACGGCCUCAAUUCUAGGGUUGAAGAUUUAAGCAUCGUUUUCAAGCAGAUGGGACUAGUUCAAUAUUAGCACGUGUGCUAAAUGUGGAUGGCAGAGCUUCCCCACACGUGUGAAAUUAACAGACCUCUUACCGACAGAAUUUCCGGGAAAAAAGGACGUGGAUUGCGUACUGUGUAAAAAUCUGUGGGGCCCACCUUGAUGUAUGUGUCAUUACCCGUGCCGUCUAUCCGUUUUUCUAUCUCAUUUUAGGGCAUGAUCCCAAAAUUGAAGCAUAUCCAAAGCUCAAGUAGACCACACCUCCGGAAACAGUCGGGAUAAUGACGUCCACCGUUGGAACUUUCCUAAGGACUACGGUGAUGUUUAUUUGUCAUCUAACCUGUUCGUAAGGUCACAUAGGAAAGCAAAAAUAUCAGCUUGAUCCAAAACUUCUGUGGACCCAAGAAGUUUUCAACGGUAGGCAUUCAAUUACCACUGUUUCAUGUCGUGUGGUCCACUUGAGCUUUCUAUAUGCUUCAAUUCCGGGCUCAUGCAUUAAAAUAAGCUGGAAAAACGGAUGGACGGCGUGGAUAAUUCACGUACGUCACGGUGGGCCCCAAAGAGUUUACUCAGUACGCUUUAGGCAAUCCGCGUCCCAAAAAAAAAAAAAAAGGACGUUUUGGGCCUUUUUUAUUCAAUUGUCAAUCAGACCUCGAUGGGCCAUGUGCCCUAUAAAUCCACCAAUCUGAUAAUCCUAACCAUUCUUCAGAGGACUUUUGGGGAAAUAAAAUAAACGAACAAAACUUCCCUUAUCCGUCCAUUUCUUUCCCUUUAAAACGUCUUCAAAUCCAAGGAUUAGAAUUGUAAAAUCAAUCUGAAUUUUGGCAAACGGCCCAUCCAAGGUAUUGCCCGACUGAUGAUCGGUUCAGAUCUCGUAUAAACUUGCCACGUGUACCAAAUACCUGCUACUAAUCCGCUAACCGCACGAUACUGCAAGAAAAAAAACAAAAAAACAAGGUUUUCUUCUUGCAAGAGAUGAAAAUAACGUCCCUCUUCCACACUAAUGAAACGCCUUUUCGCGCCAUCUGAUUUUAAAUUCCAACUUUCCCAUUUCACCCUUCGUUUCAGCACCAUUUCCUCUCCUCCACCAACUCCUCCUCAAAAUCCCCCUCUCCCACAACUCUACAGAGAAAAUCUACACACACAUUUUGAUAUUUCACCCACUUUUAAAUCGAUUCCCUUAGAAAAACCAAUCAAUUUCUAUAAAAGAUCUCACCCACAUUUCGAAUCUCCACCACCCUCAGCAAUUCCAGUUCAAAAACCCCUCAACGAUCGUUCUGAUUGUUCUCCUUCCAUUUCUAAAACUUAUGAUGAUCUCGUCCGUCGGUUCGUUGGUUCGCGCGACCCCAACGAUGCGGACCGCCUCCAUCUGCAAAUUGUCAAGAAUGGAUUCGUUGAGAAUCUCUUCUUAUCGAAUACCCUCAUUAAUGUUUAUAGUAAAAUAGGUGAUUUGCUUUCCGCGCAUCAGCUGUUUGAUGAAAUGUCGGAAAGAAAUGCUGUUUCUUGGACUUGCUUGAUUUCUGGGUAUGCACAGCAUGGCCUGCCAGAUGAGGCUUGUGAUCUUUUCUGCUUGAUGCUUCGUGCGGGAGUUUCACCCACGCAGUUUUCAUUCGGUAGUGUGCUCCGGGCUUGCCAGGGCUCUGGCCCUACAUGCUUGAAAUUUGGCUUGCAAAUCCAUGGUGCAAUUUCAAAAACUCGGUUUGCAUUAGACGUUGUAGUAUGCAAUGCACUAAUAUCAAUGUAUGGCAGUUGCUGCAUAGGCUCCACAGAAUUUGCCCGUCAAGUAUUUCAGGGGAUGUCGAUUAGAAAUUCGAUAAGUUGGAAUUCGAUAAUUUCUGUUUACUCUCAGAAGGGAGAUGUUUUCUCUGCUUUUGGGUUAUAUUUGAAAAUGCAAAGGGAGGGUUUGGUGUAUGGUUUAAAACCUAACGAGUAUACUUUUGGCAGUCUGAUAACUGCAACUUACUCUUGUUGUCCUUUUACCGGUGUUUCUGGCUCUUUUCUUCUCGAGCAGAUGCUAUCACAAGUCAUGAAAUCCGGUUUCUUGAGUGAUUUGUAUGUCGGUAGUGCUUUGGUUAGUGCAUUUGCGAGAUUUGGAUUGCUUGAUAUUGCCAAGGGGAUUUUGGGGCAGAUGAGUGAGAGGAAUGCAGUUUCUGCAAACGGAUUGAUGGUGGGGUUGGUAAAGCAGAAAUGUGGGGAAGAAGCACUUGAGAUUUUCAGAGAAACGAGAAAUUUAAUAGGGAUGACAUGCGAUUCUUAUGUGAUUCUACUUAGUGCUUGUGCCGAAUUUUUAGUACCAGAAGAGGGGAAGAGAAAGGGUAGGGAGGUUCAUGGAUUUUUAAUUAGAACUGGCAUGAAUGAUGAGAAGGUCGCAAUCGGAAAUGGGCUGGUCAACAUGUAUGCAAAGUGUGGGGCUGUCGCUGAUUCUUGCACUGUUUUCAAUCACAUUCGUGUUAAAGAUUUGGUCUCUUGGAACUCCAUGAUUGCUGGUCUUGACCAGAACGGGCGUUUCAAAGAGGCAUUGGCUACUUUUCAUGGAUUUCAGAGGAGUGGAUUGAUGCCAUCGAAUUUUGCAUUGAUCAGUACAUUGAGUUCAUGUGCGAGCUUGGGCUGUAUCAGACUCGGAACACAAGUACAUUGCGAGGGGAUCAAAUUGGGUCUUGAUUCAGACAUUUCAGUCUUGAAUUCGCUUAUUGCAUUUUAUGCAGAAUCUGGGUAUAUAACUGAUUGCUGGAAAGUUUUCAUUUCGAUGCGGGAGUAUGAUCAAAUUUCUUGGAAUUCUAUGAUUGGGGCUUUAGCUGAUUCAGAGGCAUCUAUCUAUGAGGUGGUAGAGAUCUUCUUGGAUAUGAUGAGGGCUGGGUGGAGUCCAAAUAGAGUAACAUUCAUAAACAUUCUUGCAGCAGUGUCAUCACUAUCGUUUCUUGAGUUGGCCCGGCAGCUUCAUGCUCUUGUUCUGAAGUACUGUCUUGCAGAGGACAAUGCUGUUGAGAAUGCACUUGUUUCCUGCUAUGCAAGUACAGGAGAGAUGGAUGACUGUGAGCGUCUCUUUAUUAAGAUGUCUGAGAGGAGGGAUGAAGUAUCAUGGAAUACGAUGAUUGCUGGGUAUAUACAUAAUGGACUUUUGCCGAAGGCCAUGGAUUUUCUCUGGUUAAUGAUGCAGAAUGGACAGAGAAUGGAUCACUUCACCUUUGCUACAGUUCUUAGUGCAUGUGCCUCUGUUGCAGCAUUGGGGCGUGGGAUGGAAAUACACGCUCAUGGCAUAAGAGCUUGUUUGGAAUCUGAUGUUGUGGUGGAGAGCUCACUUGUUGACAUGUACUCCAAAUGUGGGAGGGUAGACUAUGCCUCUAGGGUUUUUGGGUUGAUGUCUGUGAGAAAUGAAUUUUCUUGGAACUCCAUGAUAUCAGGCUAUGCUCGACAUGGGCAUGGUAAGAAGGCACUUGAGCUGUUUACAGAGAUGCAGUGUGAGGAUCUGCAGCCAGAUCAUGUCACUUUUGUCGGGGUCUUGUCAGCUUGUAGCCAUGUUGGGUUGGUCGACCGAGGUCUUGAGUAUUUUGAAUCUAUGAGCAAGACUUAUGGAUUAAUUCCUAGGAUGGAGCAUUAUUCAUGUAUGGUGGAUCUUCUUGCCAGGGCGGGUGAGCUUGAUAAGGUAGAGGAGUUCAUCAGAAGAAUGCCAAUGAAGCCUAAUGCUCUUGUUUGGAGGACAGUACUGAGUGCUUGUUGUAGAUCAAAUGGUGGUAAAAUGGAUUUGGGAAAGCUAGCUGGAGAGAUGCUUUUGCAAUUGGAGCCUCAAAACCCUGUAAAUUACGUGCUUGUUUCCAACAUGUAUGCCUCUGGAGGGAGAUGGGAGGACGUGGCGAAAGCUCGGGCAGCAAUGAGGGAAGUGUCUGUGAAGAAGGAAGCCGGGUGCAGUUGGGUCACCAUGAAGGAUGGUGUUCAUAUCUUUGUGGCUGGCGACAAAUCACAUCCAGACACAGAUGAGAUCUAUGCGAAGCUCCGGAUCCUGAAUCAGAAGAUGAGGGAUGCCGGUUAUGUUCCUCAGACAAAAUUCGCAUUAUAUGAUCUUGAAGUGGAGAACAAAGAAGAGCUCCUAAGUGUUCACAGCGAGAAGCUUGCAGUUGCAUUUGUUCUCAUCCGAAUGUCAGGAUUGCCGAUCCGGAUAAUGAAGAAUCUUCGGGUUUGUGGGGAUUGUCAUUCUGCUUUCCGGUAUAUAUCUAAGAUCACAUCACGACAAAUCAUCUUGCGGGAUUCAAACAGAUUCCAUCAUUUCAGUGAUGGGAAGUGCUCUUGUGGAGAUUACUGGUAACUGACUGAAGCUUUAGCACGACUGUUUAAAGGCACUCGUAAAGGACAAUGGACGUUUGAGGAUGGCUUGAGGUGAUUCCAUGCAAUGAUUCAUCAGGUUCACUUAAAUUUUUGUGGGACCAUAAAAGCACAAAUUCGACUGGAAUUAACAAAGGAAUUAUUAUGUCCACUGGUUUUUUUCGUGGACCGUUGUGGCUGAUGAAGCCCUUAACCUUGAUCAUCUCCGGCAUCAAGACCGCAGGCUCCCUAGCAUUUGCCUUUUGUGCAAAAAGGAAGAUGAAACUCUCCAUCAUCUCCUCAUUCUUUGUAGUCAAAGCUGAGAAGAUCUGGGGCUGCUUCUCUUUGCUGAUUCAUCGCUGCUUAAUUCUCUUCAGGGUGAAGCCGAUCAAAGCUAGAGGAAGAAUUUUAUGGUGGAUCCUCCACUCCAUGUCCUUUGUUGGGAGAUCUGGAUGGAAAUAAACAUAUUUUUUGAAGCAUUUAAGUUGCCUUGUCGCAAGGUCGGGAAGAGAAUCAAUACUAGUGCUAUCAAGUGGGCCUCUUGGUGAUACCAGUUUUUCAGAUCUAUGUUUCAUUGGGUCGCCGAUAGUGAGCUGAUAAGAUCUUGCCCAAGCCUAGAUGGAAGCCUUCUCUUAGUGGUGGGUGGAAUUUUAACUUUCAUGGGUCCACAUGGAGUUGGAUUGACAAAGGCAUCACUCGAAUAAUCUUCAAUGGGUCCUUCCUGAAGAAGCCAAGAGCAGAGGCAUUUACUCUUAGAGAAGGUUUGAGAAUUAUCUUCUAUAAUGUUUGAGGGUCUUUGAUGUUGAGGUGGGCUCUGUAAUUUACGCCCUGAUAACUAUAUGGAAAAAUGAGAAGAUAUGGAUAUUUUGGUCCAAUAAUCAGACAGGACCUUAACCUUGUAAUCGAACCAGUUCAUCUAGCAGACGCCAUCAUACAUGGUCCAUGUUCCAAAAUAUCUUCCCUAGAUAGUCCUGUUCAUUGUCAAAUAUCAACUUUCUUUC